CAAACCCAACAAAGAUGGAAACUCUGUUCUUAACAUAUCUCCACCCUAAACCCUAACAUAUCUCUCUCUCUCUCUCUCUCUCUCUCUCUCUCUCUCUCUCGCGGGAUAUGUGAAAUUGUGAAUCAACAAGUUACUGCGAAGAUGCAAAAUCUGUGCAGAAAGGUUUCGCUCUCACAUUUCCGUUCAAGAACUCUCUUCUGUAAGCCCAACUACUCGCCCUUCCUCUGUUUCUUCACUUCUGUUUCGUCUCCUACUCACUCUCGCACCUCAAAUCCCUCCCUCUCCAAUUUCCUCAUUGAAACCUUGGCAUUCUCUGAACCACGAGCCGUUUCCAUCUCCAAACGCUUUGCAUCGAGAAAAUCCCUAAAAAAGCCACACUCCGUGGUUCAUUUACUCAGACAAUUCGGCUUAUCGGACGUCCAAAUUCAAUCUUCCGUUCAGCUCAACCCAAAUAUUCUCUUCUCCAAAGUAGAAAAGACUUUGAAGCCCAAGCUGCAGUUCUUUCAGGAUCUGGGUCUCACUGGUCCUGAGUUGGGUAAGUUCAUUUCGAAGAAUUCUAGCGUUUUGAAUGCUAGUUUGGAGAAAAAAUUGAUGCCCUGCAUUGAUAUGAUCAAGAAAACCCUCGUAAACGAUAAAAACAAUCAGCAUUUGAUUCAGGUUCUGCAGAGGUACCGUCAGGUUGUCUCCAAACCUGAAUCGAUGAAACACAGCAUUGCCUUCUUGGAGAGCUGCGGCAUUGUUGGGUCCCAGCUCUCGACGCUUUUGAGGUGGCAACCUUGGCUUUUCUUUCAGAAAGAGCCGGCUCUUAGGGACCUCAUUUCGCGAGUUUUAGAUAUGGGGUUUUCUGUUGAUUCAAGGAUGUUGGUUCAUGCUGUGAUCGCAGUUAGUUGCAUAAGCGGUGAGAAUUAUAGUAGGAAGUUUGAAAUGCUGAAGAGUUUUGGGUUCUCAAUGGAUGAAUGCAUGGAUAUGUUUAGGAGAGCUCCGAGAACAUUUACGGUUUCCGAAGAUCAGUUGAAGUUUAAGAUUGAUUUCUUCUUGAAUCAUAUAAAGUUGGACAGGUUAUCAAGUCCAAGAGGCUGUUACAGAAGGGGCCAAGUUUUCUUAACUUACUUCGUUAUUCAGAAGAGGACUUUCUAAGGAAAUUUAUGUCAAGGUUUAGAGAUGACUGGGAGGAACUUUUGGUGAUUUACAAGGGCAAUCCUUUAAAUUCUUGACUCUUCAGUAUAAUAGGAAAUAUGAACCCUUAAUUCAUUCAUAUUUUAAACUAUCAUGAGCAAUUUCUCCAUCAAUGUUGUACUUUGGCGUUGCUUAGCGGUGAGAAACCUCCCUAAGCGAAAGCCAUGGGCACCUCUGGAACCACAACUAGAGUCAGAACUCGGGUUUUCACCACAUAUUUCCCUCAAGGCUGAACUCCGAGUAACUCUUUUGAAAAAUCGUAUUUUGGGGUUUAAAGUUGGCAAGUUCUAGCUUUAUGGUAUGCAGUGUACUGUCGUUGACAAUUUUUUUAAACAUGAUAGCAUGGUUUAAUAGCCAUAAGCAAUUAGGGUACACUGUGUAGAACCAUAUGGGAAUGAGGCAGGUUAAGGGUGACUUAGUUCGAUGUUUAAUUUGCUGAAGAAGUGGUCUCAAUUUCCUGAAGAUUGACAACAAGUGGUGCGUUUUUUGUUUUUAAGUAAAGAUUAAACUGGAUAUGAAAGGUACUUCCUAGUUACCCUUUUGUGUCAUGGUCUUAAUAUUUUUCUGGCAACAUUGUUCUUAUUUGUUUUGUCAUUGGGUUAUAAUAUAACCGUUAUAU